AUGAACUCCUUCGUGGAAUCCUGGAGCUCAGAGAGUGGACGCAACGCCCUGCACGAACUCUGCCGCAGCAAGUCACAAAACGCUGAUGAUCUGGUUAGCUGUCUGAAUCACCUGAUCACUCGGAUGCGCCAGAUUGAGUCCGAAUCUCAGCAGGAGCAGGCUCAGGCUCAGGCGUCAUCGAACGGUGAAACAACUAAGACCCCACAGUCGGCCUUGGCCAACGGCCACGUAGCGAACGGACAUGUUGGCUCCUAUCGGCCCCUGGUUCUCAGUGACUGGAUUCCAAUGCGCGCAGGAGAGACGGCCCUCGAACUACGUUCCUCACAGUCCGACACCUGGGACUCUGAGGCGGACUUCACACCGCUUCUGUUCGCCUCCUACCACGGUCACCGGGAGCUCGUGGAGCUUCUGUUGGACAUGGGAGCCAAUGUCCAUGCCACUGACAGGGUGAGUUACGUGCUACUGCCUGUUUUGUUCCUUUCCGCUGUUGGUUGGGUGCCGCGAAUCCCACGGUCGAUCGGUCUCUCCACCUGA